UAAUUUUAACGGUAAAGUGAGUUUAUAUUAUUAUAUUUUCCCCUCACAGGUUACAAACCUCAGCUGCCUGUGUUUUGUCAUUUUAAACACCUUUGAAACGUCACUUCCGUUACACAUUCUGACGGGUCGCCAAAUCUGAUGAAACGUCGGCGGCCAUUUUGUUGUAGCCGGAAAAGGUGGAGAGUGACGCUUUUAUAUCUAAUAUAAGCUUCCUACAGAAGAGUGUGUGCCUAGCGAGGAGAAGGACAGCCAAAGUACACAUAAAAAUAACACCUCAAAACAGGUCAACUGAUUGAAGAUGGAGAAGGAGAAGAGUCACAUGACUGAGCGGAUACUAAACCUCACAUUGGAGAUCAUCUACCUGCUGACUGGAGAGGAAAGCAUUAUAGUGAAGAAGCCAUCUUACAUUCACAUGACUCGGGUGUCACAAAGUUGGGGAAGGAACCAGAGUCCAGUAGCAGAGACUUCAACUCACUCUUUAAUACCUGAAAUAAACAACGACAAGAUUCUAGAAGUCACCCAGAAGAUCAUAGAGCUGCUGACAGGAGAGGUUCCUAUAAGGUGUCAGGUCAACACAGAAGAAGGGAAGAAUUUGUAUUGCAAUGAUCUGCACAAGGACGUCAUGAUGGAGAAGCGGCCGCCCCUCACAUCUCCGGAUGGAUCCAGUAAUGGGAACCCACCAGAGAGAUGUCCCCGUCCUCUGUAUUCCCGGGACUCCACACAGGAACAUCAGGAGAUCCCUCAGGAGGAUCAGGGUAAAGACCUUAUUGUAAAUAAAGUAGAAUUUGAAGAAGAGCCGUAUGUGAUGGGUGAUGAUCCAUGUAAGGAGGAGGAAAUCCCUGUAGAGAUCAGAACAGAUCCUGGAGACACCGGAGCUAUUCGGAGAGACGUCAAAGCUGAGAAGGAGGAAGAAGGACAUGUGAGGAUUAAAGAGGAGGAAGUUCCUGUAGAGAUCUGCACAGAUGGACAACACAUCAGUAAUGACAUGGGGGAACGUCUCCUAAAUUACGGCCCAUCCAGUUCUCUAGGAAGAAAACCCAUUACCCCGAAUUCCCAUCCAGUCCUUCCCAGUGCAAAUCUUUUAUCUAACCCUUCUAUACAUGGGAGGAGUUUUCUCAAUCACUCCACCGAUCACAAAGGGGAUGAAAAGUUUUCAUGCUACAUUUGUGGGAAAUUCCUGACCAGGUAUGAAACUCUCACCGUACACCACAGAUCUUAUACCGGGGAGGAGCCAUGUUCUGUGUGCGGGAAAUGUUUUCUUCGGAAAUUGUGCCAAAUCAAUCAAGAAAUAGUCGACCCCGAAGAAACCCCAUAUGUGUGUUCAGAAUGUGGGAAAUGUUUCAGCCAAAAGUCCAAUCUCACUUACCACCUCCGGGUUCACACGGGCGAGAGGCCAUUUUUUUGUUCCCAGUGCGGAAAAUGCUUUAAAACAAAUGCCCGUCUUCUCCAACAUCAGAGAACUCACGCUGAGGUGAAGCCGUAUUCCUGUUCAGAGUGCGGGAAAUUUUUUACUACCAGUUCGGCGCUUGUCAAACACCAGAGUACUCACACCGGGCUGAGGCCGUAUCCGUGUUCAGAGUGCGGAAAAUGUUUUACUACGCACUCCGUUCUCGUUAACCACAAGAGAACCCAUACCGGCGAGAGGCCGUUCUCGUGUUCGGAGUGCGGGAAGUGUUUCACUACUAGUUCAGCUUUGGCUGACCAUCAGAGGAUUCACACCGGGCAGAAGCCGUAUUCGUGUUCGGAAUGCGGGAAAUGUUUUACGACGCGCUCGGCUUUUGUUUAUCACCAGAGGACUCACACCGGGCAGAAGCCGUAUUCGUGUUCGGAGUGCGGGAAAUGUUUUACCACAAACUCAGCUCUUGUUGGUCAUCAGAGGACUCACACCGGGCAGAAGCCUUAUUCGUGUUCGGAAUGUGGAAAAUGUUUUACGACGCGCUCAGCUUUUGUUUAUCACAGGAAAACUCAUAACACGGAAGAGAUACAAUACCAUAUUCAUGGUGAAAUGAGGAAGAUAUCCCUAGAACAGCACAUUAUGAAACAUCUAAUAACUCCUACUGGACACAGAAAUCUAAAAUCAGGAGAAGUAGAGAACAUCUAUGGCAUCCAUUAUGUCAUAGAUCAACGUCAUCAGAGAGAGCCAGACAAAGGGAGAAGUAUGGUACAGAGAGACAUGAAGAGAGAGGAGAAUAAGAUCAGCACAUCCAUAGAUAUGGAGAUAAAGAGAACCCGUCAUUCCUGGGGAAACACACACCUAAGUCUGGACAAGUUCAGAAUGGAAAAGGAAAAGGAGCAGAGUCACAUGACCGAGAGGAUAUUAAACCUCACCCUGGAGAUUGUCUACCUGAUGACCGGAGAGAAUUAUAUAGCUUUCAAGUUUUCUGAUGGCUUGGUUGCUUCCAACAUGAUAAAGACCCAGAGUCCCAUUAUAAAGCCUCCAUCUUACUCCUCAAGAAAGAAGAAGGUUGAAGAAGUCACCAAAGAGAUCAUUGAUCUGCUGACAGGAGAGGUUCCUAUAAGGUGCCAGGAUGUCACUGUCUAUUUCUGCCCAGAGGAAAGUAACUACUUAGGACACGAGGACCUGGAAAAGGACAUCAUGGAGAAGCGGCCGCCCCUCACAUCACCGGAUGGAUCCAGUAACAGAAAUCCACCAGAGAGAUGUCCCCGUCCUCUGUAUUCCCGGGACUCCACACAGGAACAUCAGGAGAUCCCUCAGGAUGAUCAGGUUACACUGGAGGUAUAUCAGAUUGAUUAUAAAACAGAAGUUAAAGUGGAAGCAGAAGAGCCGUAUGUGAUGGGUGACGAGCCAUAUGAGGAGGAUGAAUUCCCUCCAGAGAUCGGCACAGACCCCGGAGACACCACAUACACUCAGAGAGACAUCAAAGCCAUAGAGGAGGAGGAAGAAGAACAUGCAAGGAUUAAAGAGGAAGAAGUUCUCAUAGAGAUUGGCAUGGAUGGACAACAGAUCUUGAAGAAAAAGGAAGAAUUUUCUAUUUUGCUUCCAGGAAAUAAAAAGUCCAUCACGUUAAGUUCUCCAGGAGAAGACCACACGACCCCAAGUCUCCAUCCAGCGCUCCCCAGUGCAGAUCGAUUAUCUGAUGCCUCUACACUUGGGGGGAAUUUUCCCGAUCACGUACCUCCCCUCACCCAUCAUAUAGGUCAUGGAAAAUUUCUUUGUUCCGUGUGCGGGAAAUGUUUCACCAGGAAGGAAAGUCUCACCUUACACCAGAGGUCUCACGCGGGGGAAAAGCCACAUUCAUGUUCUGUGUGUGGGAAAUGUUUUCUUCGGAAAUGGUGUUUAAUUAAUCACGAGAGGACUCACACGGGAGAGAAACCAUAUUCGUGUUCGGAAUGUGGCAAACAUUUCAUGCACAAGUCAAAUCUCGCUUUCCACCAACGGACUCACGCAGGCGUCCCAGCAACAGAUCUGCAAAAGCCGUACUCUUGUCCUGAAUGCGGGAAAUGUUUCAAAGUAAAUGCUGCUCUUCUUCUACAUCAGAGAACUCACACCGGAGUGAAACCAUAUUCGUGUUUAGAGUGCGGGAAAUGUUUUUCUAUGAGCUCGGCUCUUGUGAAACACAAGAGAAUUCACACCGGUGAGAAGCCGUAUUCAUGUUCAGAAUGUGGGAAAUCCUUCAGUCAGAGGACCCAUCUUGUUUUACAUGAGAGAACUCACACCGGAGUGAAACCGUAUUCAUGUGAGGAGUGUGGGAAAUGUUUUACUGCAAGUUCAGCUCUUGCGAAGCACAAGCGGACUCACACGGGGGAGAAGCCGUAUUCCUGUACAGUUUGCGGGAGAGGUUUUGCGCGCAAGGAAAACCUUGUAGUACAUCAUAAAAUUCACACCAGGCAGAAGCCGUAUUCAUGUUCACAAUGAUGGAGCUGCUUCCUGUAAAAAUAAAUACAGUGGAACCUCAGUUUGAGAGUAACGCGGUUAA